AACUACAAACACGCAGUCGCAGUUUGCUGACCUUCUGUGGUAAUCAAGCAAGCAUGGCUGCUCGGGCGCUGACGAGAGGGCUUUUAGGGCUACGACACUCCGGGGCGGUUACACUCGGAUACCCCUGUGGACAUCACUACUCCACCGCAGCGUCCAUCAAAUCACCCCAACCAGAAAUGAUUUCAGAUAAAGUACUAAGCCUGCCACUUGAGAAGCCAGACUUUUUCCGUGUGUCAGAGCUCUUCUCGGUGAAAGACCUGUUUGACGCCAGAGUGCAUCUUGGACAUAAAAAAGGCUGCAGGCACAGGCUCAUGGAGCCGUACCUCUAUGGCUGCCGUAUGGACCAGGAUAUAAUUGAUCUCGACCAGACUAUGGAGCACCUUCAGCUCGCCCUGAACUUCACUGCCCACAUAGCAUACCGUGGUGGCAUCAUACUCUUCAUCAGCCGCCAGCGUCAGUUUAGCCACCUGGUGGAGAGCACUGCUAAGGGUUGUGGCGAGUACGCACACACACGCUACUGGCAGGGCGGCCUCCUUACCAACGCUCCCGUCCAAUACGGCCCAGGAGUCCGCCUGCCAGACCUCAUCAUCUUCCUUUCCACCCUCAACAAUGUGUUUCAGUCACAUGUGGCGAUCAGAGAUGCAGCAAAGAUGAAUAUUCCCACAGUGGGUGUGGUGGACUCAAACUGCAACCCCAGCCUGCUGACAUACCCUGUGCCCGGGAAUGAUGACACUGCAGUUGCUGUGGAGUUGUACUGUCGCUUAUUCAAGAUGGCUAUCAACCGUGCCAAGGACAAAAGGAAGCAGGUGGAAAUGUUGGGUGGCCUGUUGCUACCCUCCACACCAAGCUCAUGACAUAAUACAUUUUGAAAUAAGGGACAUUAAAAAAUGCAUUCAAAAAGUUAAAACCAUCUGCCGCUCCCCCUCAUCAUGCAUCUGCAUUUGGGGAAAAAUCUGUUGAGUGUUUUAGGCUGAGGCCACAAUGCUUUCUUGUUUUGACUCGCUAUGUGUGUAUUACUCUUUCAUGAAUCUUGUUUCUGUCACAUAUGGUCUUCUGCUCUAAUUUAACAUUUUUCUUACAUUUUGUCCAAAUAUAAUUGUUGUGCACCACUGACAAUGGCUGAACUAUGGACUGAAAUACUCUCAACUGUUGACAUUCUGAAAGCAGACAGCAUUUUGUGUUGCUGUUUUAUUCAUAAUCACAGUCACAGGUUGUAGAGCGCAACCUAAAUAAGUAAAACACAUAAUUUGA